GAACUGAUGCCCUUGGCCAUGAUGCGCCCCCAGCUGCUGUCUGCUCAGGCACAGCCGGCGUGACUGGGCUGUCACUGGUCCAGCUGGUUCACGCCACCGUUCCCUUUAUGAACAGUUUGAUGGGGCGUCGGGCGGAUGACAGCGGGAACGGUUGUGAUCACUGGCGGAAUCCUAGCUACGGUCAUCCUCCUCUGCAUCAUUGCCGUCCUGUGCUACUGUAGGCUUCAGUAUUACUGCUGCAAGAAGAGCGGAGCGGAAGAUGCAGACGAGGAAGAGGAGGAGGAGCAUGACCUGCCCACACACCCCAGAGGCCCCACCUGCAAUGCCUGCAGCUCCCAGGCCCUGGACGGCCGAGGCAGCCUGGCGCCUGUCCCCGGCGAGCCCUGCGGCCAACCGUGCAGGGUGGCGGCCGGCCACUGCACUGCCUGCUCCCCAUACAGCUCCCCCUUCUACAUACGGACGGCUGACAUGGUGCCCAAUGGGGGUGGAGGCGAGAGGCUCUCCUUUGCUCCCACCUACUACAAGGAGGGGGGACCCCCAUCUCUCCAAGUGGCAGCGCCCCAGAGUUACCCGGUGACGUGGCCAGGCUCUGGGCGCGAGGCCUUCACCAAUCCAAGGGCUAUUAGUACAGACGUGUAACCCCUUUCACCUCCGAUCCCCCCCAACACUGCUGCCCCCCACCAGGGUCAUCAAUGGGGACAGCAGGAUGACCCCUCCCACAGCCUGGAGGACCUUCUGUUUUUCCGGCUCUCCUUGCCCCACAGUGGAAGGCUCACCCAUAUUCAGGCUGUCGAGGGCAUUGAGUACCAGGGCAGGGGCUGGCCCCACGGCCCAGAGGAAGGGGGCCUGACAGGUCGUGUUGGCCGCCUGGCCGGUUUCUCUGUUGGGACUUUCCUCUGGCCAGGCCAGCAUGGCCACAGCCCUUGCACUUCCCUCUGUCCCCUGGCUUUGCCAGACUCUGAGGAGAGGAGCAGGAGCAUCAGGGGCAGCUAAGCAAAGGCUC